AUGACUUCCAUUACUCAUAUCAAGUGCGUUACCGUAGGUGAUGGUGCAGUAGGAAAGACAUGUCUAUUAUACGUCUAUGCCAAUGAUAAAUUUACUGAGGAAUAUUUACCAACUGUUUUUGAUAAUUAUAGUUGCAGUGUAAAGGUUGAUGGAAAUAUUGUCAAUUUGGGAUUGUGGGAUUCGGCUGGUCAAGAAAGUUUUGAUUCGAUUCGUCCACUUUCGUAUCCAGGAACACAAACCUUCCUCAUGUGUUUCAGUACAGUCAUCCCAGCUAGUUAUGAAAAUGUUAAACUCAAAUGGUGUCCAGAAGUGCGCCACCACUGCAAGGAUGUGCCAAUCCUUCUGAUAGGAACACAAACAGAUCUGAGGGAAGACGAAACUAUUUUACAAAAACUGAAAGAAAGAGGAAAAACUGUCAUUUCACAAGAAAUGGGAGAAAAACUCAGAGCAGAUGUCAAGGCAGCCAAAUAUGUUGAAUGUUCGGCAAAGACAGGUGCUGGAGUGAAGAAUGUUUUUGAUCAAGUGAUUCGUUUAUAUUUUGAAAAUAAGGAAAAGAAACAACAAGAAUUGUUAUCGAGAAAGAAUAGACAAUGUCAAUUAUUGUAA